AUGGGCGCGCUGAACGCGCGAACGCUGGCGACGCUCGCGCGAACGGGAUCGCGACCGACGUCGCCGAGCGCGCGCGAACGACGCGCGGGAACGGCGACGGAGUCGAGGGCGAGCGAGACGCUGGAGAUUCCAACGCGAGAGGUGGAUUACGGACGCGGCGGCGCGGGAAGGACGGGAUUGAAACCGGGAGACGUCGUGGCGCUCGUGACGCCGGAGGAGGGAUACCCGUACGCGUGCGUGAGCGAAAUCGACGAGGCGCGAGAUGGAGAGCGACGGUAUCGAUACGCGAUCGAUGCGGGAGGGAAGGGCGGGAACGCGGCGCUGCGGGAACGCGCGGAGACGCAGUUGGAGGUGUUGCAACAUAACGGGUUCGUUGGGUUUCGAAGCGCGUUCGCGAGAGAUCGAUUGUUGCAAGCGACGCGACACGCGAGAAAUCGGUUGGGGUUCGUGAGCGCGAAUUUCGGGACGUGGGAGGAGUGGAUUUUGGACGAGGAGGAGAAGAGAAAGUUGAACGACGGCGCGUGGACGCGUUGCGAGGUGACGCUGAAGCAUCGGCGGUUGGAUGCGUAUAGACUCAGAGUGACGAUGGUGAGGGUCGGCCGCAUCGUCGGUGCGGGCGUAGGAGAUGGCGAGCAGGAGGAGUAUAAGCUUGGCACGAGCGUGUCGCGACAGAGUACGCCGGGCGGGACGACGCGAGCGCUCAGCGCUGUGGAUCGCUUUCGAUUAACGAGAGAGGGCGAAGCCGCCGAGGGUGGGCGCGGUGCUCCGUCGAGACCUCACGCCAUGCACGCCAUGGGUGGCGCACUCAUGAAAGAGUGGGCGGCGGCGCUCGAAAAAGAAGUCGCCGCGCGUCGCGUCAUCGAGCAGGAACUCCACGACCUUCACGAGAGCGACGACAAGCUUAGGGAGUGGGCGCUCACGGAGCUCAACCGCCUACGACAGUUUGCGCAAUCAGAAGUCGAUUCAUUAGCGGCCGAGGUUGAAGAACGUAACAAAAAGAUGGUCGAUCUUAAGCAGCAGCGGCGUGCGCUGGAACUUCGAGCGAAGAUGCUCGAAAGCCUCGACGAAGAGCGAUUAAAUUCCAUCGUCGCUUCGUUUCGUGGGAUGCAGCGCGGGACCCUGUUGCGACGGGCUUUCUCACACUGGCGCCGGGAGAGUGGUUCCAUGGGCGUGAUGCACAACAAGUCGAUUGAAAAUGCGUUUGCGAGGUACCAAGCGAAAGACUACAAGAAAAAUCUUUUGAAGAGGGCAUUGGAAGUGUGGCGGCGCGAAGCGUCAAAGGAGAAGCGCGCUCGACGAGUGUACAGCUCCGUGCUCAAUCGAUAUUGCCACGUCGCCUUCAGGACCUGGGCAAGCGAGAUGCGCAGUAGCAAACUUCGACGUGAGAUCGCAGAGCGUAUUGCACCCAGCCGCCGGAUCGGUGUUCACCUGAACAACGCUCUGACGAUCGGUUUCCAAAUGCGCGGCGCGUUGAAGCAGCAUCAGUUUCGCCGUUGCGUCGUAGCACACGCGCAAAAGAUUACGGGCGUGCGCGUUGAUCUCGUCGAAGCAGCUUUCGAUUGCGGUGAAGAAAUGGAAACUGCGGCUACAUAUGCGCUCAGCGACUCGCUCAGCGAUCCGCUCGGCUCAAUAAACCUCGCCCGGGAAGCCGUUUUGAGACACGUGUCUGGAGACGACGUUGCCUCUGGCGCCGUUGUGCACGCGUUCGAUCAAGGUAUCGCCGUAGCGUCGAGAAUGAUUCAGGUCCGACAAUCGUAUAUAUGGAUGAACGCAGACACCGUCGAAGAAGCUGCGGCUCUAACUGUGGCGUACGACCUCGGCGAAAGCUCUGACAACGCGUCAAGUCAAAAUCGAGCCAUGGCGCGCGGCAAGCUCAUCGUCGAUGUCUCGAAGCUACCACCGAGAAUUUCUCGCUUAAUCUUAGGUGCUUUCUACCGCGGUAAUUUCGUACGCGACUACGCCGACUCGAGAAUGUCGAAUAUCGACGAGAAAGACGCUUUCUGCGCUGGUUUAGAGGCGGGACUGUGUCAAUACAAGCGACGUGAGUUUACUUCGCAGGCGAGAUCGCCCGAGGAACUUCGACUGGUCGCCACUGCUUUCGAUGGAGGUAUCGCGUAUGCGUGCUUGUCCUCGACUUCGAACUCGUACACUAAGGUGCAGAUGGUUUUAGAUUCGGUGGAAGAUGAAAAUCAGCGAAGUGUGAGCUGGAUGCGAGAAACACUCAUGACGACGGUUGAAGUCGGCGCCGGCAACGUCGCUUCGACGAAUACCGAGUUCCUCUUGCACAAGAUUCUCUACCCUCUUCGCACUGAUAUGAUGCGAGCAACACUUCAUGCGUGGCGUAAGAAACAUCGCGAAAGUAAGGAGGAUGAGCUCACGGUGACUCGCUUCCAGAGGCGAGUCAAUCGCCGCUUGGUCAAGGAGGCGUUAUUCUCGUGGCGCAACUCGGCGUCGUUGAACAAGAAGCGAUUCAUGAUCCUGCGACGCGUCGGUCUGAGGAUUAAAAAUGCAUCCAUGGCCAAAUAUUUCGAUACAUGGUCUGCAAACGUUGACAAACUCAGCGCUGAUCGCGUAAGAUUGACUCGUUUUAAGACGCGUUUGACGCAUCGACUUCUCGCUGCAGCGUUUGCGGCCUGGGCUGAAGUCUCAUCCAAGCGCGAUGAUCGCCUCGAAAAGAUGGCAAACGUGUUGAACAAGCGCAUGCGGCGAUUUGAACUCUCUAAAGCUUUCGCGGGAUGGGCCGACAAGGCUUUUACCGCGAUUUCAAAUCGUGAAAAGGCGAACAAGUUCAUCGCCCGGUAUCGCAUGAGAUUGCUCACGCGAACCCUCUACGGGUGGCACGAAAACGCUCAAAAGUCGAAGUCAAACCGAAAGAAGGUGCAAAAAGUGAUAUCGCGCUCGCAAAAUCGUCUCGCGGCAUCGGCAUUUUACAAAUGGAGAGAGUUAGUCACUUCCAAGUCGCGUCAAUUACUGCUGCUACGACGUUUCGUCGAUCGAAUGCGCAACGGCGUAAAGGCGUCGGCGUUUGACAAGUGGUUCGAAGUGACGCAAAACGAAAAGCGUAAACGUGCCGUCAUCACAAAAGUUUUCUCGCGUAUCAAGAACGAGCAGAUGGCGCACGCGUUCGGGCGCUGGCGCGAGUUCGCCGCGGAGUCGUACGACGCCAAGGUGAACCUACGCAAAAUCGUCAGCCGCAUGCUGCGCUUGCGUCUUUCACAAAGUUUCACGCUAUGGAACGAAAAUGUGGUUGAAUUGCGACGCCAGCGCGCCGUUCUUGCUCGAUUCGUCGGUCGCAUGCGCAAUCGAUGCGUCACGGCCUGCUUUUACGCCUGGGUCGAGGCUCUCGAAGAGCGAAAACGCGCUUCGAAACAAGACGCGUACAGAGACAGACUCGUGGCAAACGUCCUGUGGCGCACGAACCGCUCGACGCUUCGGGCGGCGAUGCACCAGUGGCGAAUGGUGGUUGAGGAACGCGAGACGCAUCGCGAGCUGAUCCGACGCAAUUUGCGUUCCAAACGCGUGGCACUGAACUUCUUCAUGACUUGGUAUUGGGACGCCUUUGAUGGCGAUAUUCAAUCCACCGUCGCGGACAUGUUUGGUCAAACUCGUUCGUAUAUGAACGAAGCGUUCGAUGAUUUCGAUGAAGGUUCCGCACAGGCCGCGCUCAACUUUGUGGGUUAUUACGACGACGACAAAGAUAUCGUGAUCGACUCUCCGCCGCCGCCAACCUGGGAAGGCGACGCGGCUGGUAUCCACGACGACGACGACGACGACGAUGACGACGACAGACUCUUCCACACGCCCGGGAAAGUCGGCCGUCGAGCCGACGAUCAGGACGACUUUACGUAUUAG